AUGGCAUUGAGCUACAAUGCAGGGGUAUUGUCAAGACGUGAUGCCUGGGUCCCACUGGUCAAUCAGCCCGUGGUCGCACCAGUGGACGCAGCCCCUCGCAUUGCAGCUCCCCCGCCGUCGCAGCCACCACGGAGCAGGGGCAACGAUGUGGUGCAGUUUCUCUCACGGACCUUCUACUUUACUGAGAAGGAGAAUGCGCUUAUACGAGUUGCGCGGGUGGGGUCACUGUAUGGGCAAUGCUCGGUGAACUGGAGAACAGAAGAUGGAUCGGCACAGCAAGGCCAAAAGUAUCAUGGGGGCGGUGGUACUCUCGUCUUCGGCCCUGGCGAGUCUCUCCGAAGCUUUGAGGUGGAGAUCAUCGACGACGAUUUUUUCGACUCCAAUUUGGAGUUUGAAGUAGUGCUCGAGGAUGCCAGAAACUGUGUCAUCGAGCCGGCGAGUGCCCGAUCUACUAUCAUGAUCAUGGAUGAUGAUUUGUUCCCUGCAAACGAGCUGGAGGAAGAGCUUAAAAAGGAAGACGAGGCCGGACUGUACAAGAUUGGUUGGACAGUGCUGUGGAGCUUUAUGCGAUUCAGCUACGGGCACGUUCGUGAGAUCCGUUGGAAGACCAACGUGGUCCUUUUACUGUCGAUGCUGGGGAAUGCAUACUACCUUGGCACAAUCUUCAUCCGUGUGUACUUGGUUGAUACAGUUCUCAACCCGAGAGAUGAAGAGUCGUCAUCGCGACUGCUGAUCCCAGGGGAUCGGAAUGGCACUGCAGUUGCCCUUGCCUUGGCAUGGAUUCUUCCCAACUUUGUUCUGUUGGCCUCUGACUAUUUUGAGAUGGCCGUUCUGGAGAUGGGUUUCAACAUCCGCUACUACUUGCGAGUGAACUUGUUCAGAAAGUACCUCUACUACACGCAGCAGUCGCGAUCUCGUGUGCCCAUCCAGGACCUCAAGAUCAGCAUGAUGGACGAUAUCCCAGAGCUAGUCUCCGAGGGCUACUUGAUUGUGUUCGAACUGUGGGCCAUGCUGGGGAAAAUUGCGUGCAUUGCGUUCUUCAUGUUGCGGAAGCACCCCAGCAGUGCGCUUCCGCUCUUUGCUUAUCCAGUGAUCCUGGCGAUCUACUUAAGGUGCACGUACCACAGGCGGCUAGAUCUCAUGGCAAAAGAAGGAGAGGGUCAAAGCGACACAACAGGAGUUGUCAUGGAGCUGAACACUUCCCGCCGUCUGCUCUCCUUGUAUGAUGGGAAUUCAGUGGCAGUGCGAAACUUUGAGGAGAUCUUGCAUCAUCAACGAUCCCUGACAAUGGAUCUCAAACGGUUCCAGUUUUGGAACGCACAAGUGAUUCCGUGGAUCACCCUUCUCGCCAUCGGCAGCUACAUGGCAUCGUCACCAAAGGUUGUGCUCUCAGGCGGGACGUCGUUGGGUUCCUUCCUCGCGACAGUGAAUGUGUACAAGGACCUUGGCGACCGUUUCUCCACAAUACUGAAAGGCUUCACAGCUCUGAGCAAGUCUAUCUCACCAUUGUGCGGGAUCACCCUCCAAUUAAACUAUGAGACAGAAGUUCCAGCAAAGAAGGAAGUCUUCCAGAGGCGUGAAUCGUUCACGUUGGACUGGUUAACGCAACAUGCACCUUCGGGUGCAUCAUUGGACGAUAUACCCAUCGUGUUCAUGGAUGCCACGAUCGUGCACAGCCCCAGCAUGAAGAGAAAGGCCUUCUCCGCAGAAGCACCGCAGGGGUCAAUCAUCCAGGUGGCUGGUCAUCAUGACGUUGGCAAAAUGACGCUCCUCCAGCUGAUCAGUGGACACCUUUCGCCAUCUACUGGGGAAGUGGUGAUAUCACCACACCUGGAGAUUCUCUAUGUUGCCCACGAGCCACUGUUUAUUCAGAACGCCGGACUGUUCUGCAAUCUUCACAUGAUCAGCACUGUCGAUGAGAUGGGGGGCGUGAACAUUGAACGAGGCCUCAGAAUCCUUCGUCGGCUACAGCUGGACAAGCCCUGGAUUAAGGACUUUCGGGUUGUGGUAGUGGUGAAAUUCCAGGCCUGUGUAGCCUGUGGCCGUUCAGCAUUUCUCAGAUUCUUCUUGUUGCUAUUCUUGCAGGAGAUGUAUGAGUUGGAAGCCGCGGCAUUGCAAGAAGUCGCUGAGGCCAGUCCCACAUCAGACGACGGCAUGUUCGGAUGCCUUGCCGAGGAGGAGAAAGAGGAGGACGAGGAAGCGGAUGAAGACAGUGACGCAUGGUUCGAUCGACUCAGCACAAGUGAACGGGUUCGGUUUCAGCUGGCACGAGCAUUUGUUGCAAAUCCGCACGUGCUCGCAAUCAACCGUCCAGUGCAAGACCUGGACGACGACAUGAGGCAGGCAGUGCUGUCUUGCAUGAAAGAGUUUACCCAGAACAGAGGCUUGGAGGUUGACGAUGGGCUAGACAUCCAGCAAAGGCGUCCGCGCACAAUCAUCUUCACCACUGCAGACUCGGUACAAAUUGACAUGGUGGACACUGUAUGGCGGCUGUCGGCUGACAGCGGUGUUGCUGUGGAGAGGCCCCCCAAAGCGUUUGCAAUGCAAGCCGGUGCAUCUGGCUUAGCGACGCCUGCGACUUCAAUAACUCCUCGACACCCGUAUGCUUCGGCAAUGCCUGCGGUGAUAUCUCCUCGACAGCAGUCUGGCGUGGCAAUGUCUGCAGGGAUGAUGCCGGCCACCAUGAUCUCUCCUCGACAACAGCCUACUGUGGUUCCUCCCAGGAUGAUUUCUCCUGGAGAACAGCCUGGUCUUGGCUCACAGCGUUCGCAGUUUUUUCCCUGA